AAAAGACAAUAUUCUUGAAGAAAAGUUCAUUGGGGGAUUAUAGGGAAAAUGAAUUUAUUCGGGUUUCUCUUAAUUUUAACUACGGCGGUGGUUGUUAUUCAAGCAAGUCCCUUUCGAUUUGAUAACUUUAAAGUGUACCGUGUCCCAAUAAAAGUGGAAGAACAACUAAAGGCACUCAAAGGAAUACGAACAGGUGCAAAUAGCUAUGAAUAUUUCGAGGAACCUCAAAGGACUGGACAAUCAGUUGAUAUCCUUGUACCACCGCAUCUUGAAAAGGAUUUUGAUACAAUAGCCGAAACUAAUAGGCUUCAUCGAGAGCUAAUCGUGGAAAAUUUUCAAGAACUCGUAGACAAGGAGAGACCAAAUGUAGCGAAGGAUGAUCAGGAUGAUGAAGAAUUUGGAUGGGAUGAUUACCAUAGUAUUGAUACCAUCAAUGCCUGGCUCUACUCCUUGGAAGCACUCUACGACGAAGUUACGGUAGUAAAAGGUGGAACAACCUACGAAGGACGAGAUAUUCUUGGUGUUAAUAUAAACCGAAAACCAGGACAGAAUCCUGGAAUUUUCAUUGAAUCCCAAAUCCAUGCAAAUGAAUGGAUCGCAUCUGGAUCAGCAACAUGGAUGAUUAACAAGCUCCUAACUGCUACGCCAGAGGAAACAGGAAUAAGGAAUCUUGCUGACAACAUUAAUUGGUACAUUUUCCCAUUGAUCAAUGCAGAUGGUUAUGAGUACACAAGAAAUUUUUAUCGGAUGUGGAGAAAGACGCGAUCACCCCAAGGAUUAAUUUGUAAUGGAGUCGAUCCCAACAGGAAUUGGGAUGUAUUUUGGGAAAAAGGUGGAAUCGGAUCAUCAGCUAACAUAUGCGAUGGAACUUUUGCUGGACCAGAGGCCUUUUCAGAAAUUGAAACACGAACGCUCUCAGAAUAUAUUUUGAGCCUCCAAAGUGAAUUAAACUUUUACAUUGGAUUCCAUUCUGCUGCUAAUAUGCUACUAUUUCCAUGGGGUCAUACGCCUAAUCCAUCUCCAUACUACUUCCAAUUCAUGGAAAUCGCAGAAGCAGCUGUAACUGCCUUACACGCUCGUCAUGGAACAGUUUAUACCUACGGACCAGUUUACUCCACAAUUUACCCAACUACUGGUAUUUCCGCCGAUUGGGUGCAUUACGCAUUGGGAAUUCCUGGGUUUACCUACGAAUUCAGGAAUAUGAAUACAGAAACAGGAGAAUACUACGGUGGUCUGGCACCACCUGAUCAGAUACAACCAAAUGCUGAAGAGGUUCUGGAUUCGCUGGUUGCACUUGUUGAAAAGGCUACAGAAUUGGGCUAUAUGACGGUUACAAAUCCUCAAAACAAAUAAUAAUGAAGAAGAAAGUUUUUUAUUGAAUUAAGGACGAAAUACUAAAUUUUUGCUGUGUAAUUUCUUGUAAUCCUUUUUUAUGAACCAAAAUAUACAUAAAUACUUUCCUUUUAUGA